GGUACAAAUUGGUGCGGUAUUGGUAACAGUGCCGAUGGCUUGGGUCGAUAUGCUUUCACAGACGCCUGUUGUCGAUCACAUGACGUGUGUCCAGGAUUCAUUGCGCCUUUUUCUACUGAAAGAGGUAUUACCAAUUAUUUACCUUACUACAAAUAUAGCUGUGACUGUGAUUUAGAAUUCUACGAAUGCCUGAAAGUUUCAAAAGAUGAGAUAGGUACUUCAGUUGGUCAGUUGUAUUUUAACAUAUUUCAAAGGUACUGUUUUAAAGAAGACACCGAGCGGGUGUGUGACCGUAAGGGGUAA